CCCGCGCCCCGCGCCCCGCCUGGACCAUGGGCCCGCGCUCCGGGCUGCCUUGGCCUUGGCCGCUGCUGCUGCUGCUGCUGCUGGUCGCGGGGCCCGGCGCCUCGGGCGUGCGCAAACGGGGCCCCACGGUGACGGCCAAGGUCUUCUUCGAUGUGAGAAUCGGAAACAAAGAUGUGGGCAGAAUUGUGAUUGGUCUCUUUGGAAAAGUGGUCCCCAAGACGGUGGAAAAUUUUGUCGCUCUGGCCACUGGAGAGAAAGGUUAUGGAUACAAAGGAAGCACAUUUCAUCGCGUCAUCAAAGAUUUCAUGAUCCAGGGCGGAGAUUUCACCAGGGGAGAUGGCACUGGUGGAAUAAGCAUUUAUGGGGAGACGUUCCCCGAUGAGAACUUCAAGCUGAAACACUAUGGCAUCGGUUGGGUGAGCAUGGCCAAUGCAGGGCCCGACACAAAUGGCUCCCAGUUCUUUAUCACCUUGACCAAGCCCACCUGGCUGGAUGGCAAACACGUGGUCUUUGGGAAAGUCAUCGAUGGGAUGACUGUGGUCCACUCCAUAGAAUUUCAGGCUACCGAUGGGCAUGAUCGUCCGCUCACUGACUGCACCAUCAUCAACAGUGGCAAGAUCGACGUGAAGACACCCUUUGUGAUCGAGGUCCCUGAGUGGUGACGCUGCAGCACCAGACGCACACUUGGCAGGCCUUUCCGUGGGACGAGCUUCCACGUCAACUUUCGCUUUGUUUCUCUUCGUCUCAGAUCAGAAGAAAGUUCUCAACAAUCUACCACUCCGGGCUUAGUUUGCAUCACUUCUGAGUGAAUCCCUAAAUAUUUAGGAACUUAG